AAAAUUAUUGGUGUGUUUAAACCCAAAUCAGAAGAGCCUUACGGUCACCUGAAUCCAAAGUGGACCAAAUUUGUUCAUAAGGUCUGCUGCCCUUGCUGCUUUGGCAGAGGCUGCCUGCUUCUGAAUCAGGGAUACCUUUCUGAAGCUGGUGCCUUCCUUGUGGAUGAAAAGCUUCAUCUGGGCAUUGUACCUAAAACAAAGGUGGUUUGUCUUGUCAGUGAGACAUUUAACUACACUGCAAUUGACCGUGCAAAAUCAAGAGGCAAAAAGUAUGCUUUAGAAAAAGUGCCAAAAGUAGGUAGAAAAUUUCAUCGGAUAGGACUCCCUCCUAAGAUUGGUUCCUUUCAGUUAUUUGUUGAAGGUUACAAGGAAGCUGAAUAUUGGCUUAGGAAAUUCGAAGCUGACCCUUUGCCUGAGAAUAUUAGGAAACAAUUUCAGUCACAGUUUGAAAGAUUAGUUAUUUUGGAUUACAUCAUCAGAAAUACAGACAGGGGAAAUGAUAAUUGGUUAAUCAAAUACGAAAAGCAGAAAUCCGUAGAGGAAACUGACUGUAAGGAAUCAGAAAGGAUCGAUGAUAAAGAAUCGCUUAUUAAAAUAGCUGCAAUUGAUAAUGGUCUAGCAUUUCCUUUUAAACAUCCUGAUGAAUGGAGAGCAUAUCCAUUUCACUGGGCUUGGCUUCCUCAAGCAAAAGUUCCUUUUUCUGAUGAAAUAAGAAACUUGAUUCUACCAUAUAUUUCUGACAUGAACUUUGUGCAAGAUUUAUGUGAAGAUCUUUAUGAACUUUUUAAGACUGAUAGAAGAUUUAAUAAAGCCACUUUUGAAAGUCAGAUGUCUGUCAUGAGGGGUCAG